AUGGCGUCGUUUGAACAUUGCGUGAAAGUGUCAUUGACGAAAUUGAAAGCUAACAUUGAGCUUAAGCAGCAACAGCUAGAUGUUCUUCAAGCUGUGUUCGAUGGAAAAGACACAAUAGCAGUCCUACCAACUUGUUUUGGUAAAAGUUUGCUGUUCCAGAUGCUCCCAUAUUUGAUGGCAGAGAAGUUCGGAAAGUCAAAGCCUAUGAUAGUUAUUGUCAUUGCACCAAUCAAUGCAAUAAUGGAAGAACAGGUGCGGGAGUUGCGUGCCAAAGGGAUCAUGGCAUGUUCCUUAUCAUACAGUGGUUCUGGAGCGACAACUUUUGAUGCUGAAGAAGACAUGGAAGACACGGAUUGCGAUGACAAGGUGAUUCUUCCUAAAGAAGUCACAAUGAAGGAACUGAUGGAUGGAAAAUACCACAUCAUCUAUACACACCCAGAGUGUUUGUUCCAAAGCAAAGCCAUUGCCAAGAUGAUCAGAUCAAAGAAUUACCAAGAGCACCUUUGCGGCAUUGUUAUUGAUGAGGUCCACAUGAUAUUGGAAUGGGGACCAGAAUUUAGACCUAAAUUUGAAAGGUUGGGAGAAUUGACCUGCCUACACCCACAGAUUGCCCAUGUGGCCCUAACAGCAACAGCUAAACCAGAAAGUGUUAAUACCCUAGCACAGUCGCUAAUGUAUAAAAAUGUUACUGUUGUUGCUGUUAAUCCAGACCGGCCAAACAUCUUCAUUGAUAGUUAUGCAUAUGAGGCCUCCAGUUUGUCUUGA